AUGGAUGUUAGGACUCAUAGAGCAGGGAGGCUAUCUGUCAUAUUGGAGAGCAUUUCAUCGGCUUCAUCAAAACGAGCGAAGUUGUUGGUCAUGAAGAUGGGUCCUCAGAUUAAGAAGCUCUCCAUCAAGCAACAGAAUGAGCGUCUGGAGAUUGAGAACAAAAUACUGGCGAUUGAGAACCACAAAAUACGCGAGGAGUUGAGGACGUACCGAUGUGUUGCUUGCUUGAAGAUUGAAAAUGCCUACCUGAAAGUUGAGCUUGCACACUCGUUUCGUAAUGCUGCUGCAAUUCUAGAAGCUGAAGCACAAUCUGAAUUGGAGGUUGGGUUUUCCUCUACAGCACCCCAGAUUCCAGCGGAUACUAGCGCAACUGGACCACUCCAGUCGGGUGCAGCUGGGAGCCAAGAUGAACCAUGCGAGUAAUCAACUGGCAGCAAAUUAUUUGCUGUAGUUACAAAAACCUAUAUACAUACAGAAUAAAAGUUUCAGAGACUCGGUGUGUUGGUCAUUUCAAUGACAAUAAGUGACACUACAAGUCCAUUGUGUCUUGUAGUUAAGCACCAAAACCUUUUUAUGUGUUACUGGUACUUGAGAAAGUUGUAUGUCUUCUCAUAUCUAUCUUUUACAUUUGAAACAUGGGAUA